ACCGACUCCCAGUCCUACAAGGGCCACUCAUUGUACUUCAAGGAGAGCCCGUUCUAUACCUUGCGCCGCCAGAUCCACGGCAGUCCCCAGGCAUGUCUACCACUGACUGGCAAGGGCGUAUGUCCUUUCACGUUCUUGUUCACCAAGGAGGAGGCCAAUUUGGUGUAUCUGGGUGACCCCACGGUUCGGGUCUACUUGAUGUGCGGUCUCCAAGACCCCAAGACAGUCUCCAGCACAGAAGUACCCUUGCAGUUUCCGUUACCAGUAGAAGUCCAUGUCAAUGGAACCCAGGUGACAAAGAACUUUAGGGGCAUCAAGGGCAAGCCAGGUACCGCCAAGCCUGCCGAUAUCACUGAGUUGUUGAAACCUUCUCAGAAUAAAGUCCAGGUGAUUUACACCCAGACCACCGAAACCUACUUGGUCUACAUAUAUAUUGUCAAUGUGGUGUCGUGUGAAGAAAUCAUCAAGAACAUACAACAAAAACCUUUGCUUCAUAAGAGUGCUACUGUGUCAAAAAUUGUGCUGCAGAACCAAGGCGACGAUGAAGACGACAUAGUGAUAUCGUCCUCGUCCAUCACAUUGAGAGAUCCUUUGUCGUACACCAAAAUGCAGUACCCUGUCCAAUCCAUAUUCUGCAACCAUGCCCAGUGCUUCGACGGGUUGGUCUUCUUGCAAUCACAAUUGCAGCUCCCUAGCUGGAACUGCCCCAUAUGUGGUACCGCUCUUCGGAUUGAAGAUUUAUCCAUAUCCGAAUAUUUCACAGAAGUAUUAAAGUCGGUACCAGAAGAUGUGGAUAGUGUGCAAAUCAACGAGGACGGUUCUUGG